GUGGGAGAAGGGAGGGACCAGUGGAGAGAGCAAGAGAGAGGGCUCGCGAUCCAGUUCGCCCACUAAGCAGAAGAAAGAUCAAAAAACGGAAAAGAGGGGACGAGCAAACAGGCGCUUUCAAGAACAAGCCCCUCAUCUCCAAGAGGACAGCGCCCUAGGAACCCAAAUUCAGUGCCUACCGAAGACAAAGGCUGCCCGAGGGAGCGGCGGCGCGACCCCGGGGCUUGGGCCCUGCCGCGGAGCCCGCACGGCCCGACUGCCUGGACGGUCGCGGACCAUGUCUCCCGCCCCGCGACCCGUCCGCAGUCUGCUGCUCCCCCUGCUCACGCUCGCCUCCGCGCUCGCCUCCCUCAGCUCUGCCCAAAGCUUCAGCCCCCGAAGUAACCACAUCCCUUCCCUACAGGCCUGGCUGCAGCAGUAUGGCUACCUGCCCCCUGGGGACCUGCGUACCCACACACAGCGCUCGCCCCAGUCACUCUCAGCUGCCAUUGCUGCCAUGCAGAGGUUCUACGGUCUGCGAGUGACAGGCAAGGCUGAUGCAGACACCAUGAAGGCCAUGAGGCGCCCCCGCUGUGGUGUUCCAGACAAGUUCGGCGCUGAGAUCAAGGCCAAUGUUCGAAGGAAGCGCUAUGCCAUCCAGGGCCUCAAAUGGCAGCAUAACGAGAUCACUUUCUGCAUCCAGAACUACACCCCCAAGGUGGGCGAAUAUGCCACAUUCGAGGCCAUCCGCAAGGCGUUCCGCGUGUGGGAGAGUGCCACGCCGCUGCGCUUCCGAGAGGUACCCUAUGCCUACAUCCGUGAGGGCCACGAGAAGCAGGCGGACAUCAUGAUCUUCUUUGCUGAAGGUUUCCAUGGUGACAGCACGCCUUUCGAUGGCGAGGGUGGCUUCCUGGCCCAUGCCUACUUCCCAGGCCCCAACAUUGGAGGAGACACGCACUUUGACUCUGCCGAGCCCUGGACUGUCCGGAAUGAGGAUCUGAAUGGGAAUGACAUCUUUCUGGUGGCUGUGCAUGAGCUGGGCCAUGCCCUGGGCCUUGAGCACUCCAAUGACCCCUCGGCCAUCAUGGCACCCUUUUACCAGUGGAUGGACACAGAGAAUUUUGUGCUACCCGAUGAUGACCGCCGGGGCAUCCAGCAACUUUAUGGAAGUGAGUCAGGUUUUCCCACCAAGAUGCCUCCUCAACCCAGGACCACCUCCAGGCCCUCUGUUCCUGAUAAGCCCAAAAACCCCACCUAUGGGCCCAACAUCUGUGAUGGAAACUUUGACACCGUGGCCAUGCUCCGAGGGGAGAUGUUUGUUUUCAAGGAACGCUGGUUCUGGCGGGUGAGGAAAAACCAGGUGAUGGAUGGAUACCCCAUGCCCAUCGGCCAGUUCUGGCGGGGCCUGCCAGCAUCCAUCAACACUGCCUACGAGAGGAAAGACGGCAAAUUCGUCUUCUUCAAAGGAGACAAGCACUGGGUGUUUGAUGAAGCUUCCCUGGAGCCUGGCUACCCCAAGCACAUUAAGGAGCUGGGCCGAGGACUGCCUACUGACAAGAUUGAUGCUGCUCUCUUCUGGAUGCCCAACGGAAAGACCUAUUUCUUCCGGGGAAACAAGUACUACCGUUUCAACGAGGAGCUCAGGGCAGUGGACAGCGAGUACCCCAAAAACAUCAAAGUCUGGGAAGGAAUCCCUGAGUCUCCCAGGGGGUCAUUCAUGGGCAGCGAUGAAGUCUUCACUUACUUCUACAAGGGGAACAAAUACUGGAAGUUCAACAACCAGAAGCUGAAGGUCGAGCCGGGCUACCCCAAGUCAGCCCUGCGGGACUGGAUGGGCUGCCCGUCGGGGGGCCGGCCGGAUGAGGGGACUGAGGAGGAGACAGAGGUGAUCAUCAUUGAGGUGGACGAGGAAGGCAGCGGAGCAGUGAGCGCGGCCGCCGUGGUGCUGCCCGUGCUGCUGCUGCUCCUGGUGCUGGCCGUGGGCCUCGCCGUCUUCUUCUUCCGACGCCACGGGACCCCCAAGCGACUGCUCUAUUGCCAGCGCUCCCUGCUGGACAAGGUCUGACCCCCACUGCCGCCCGCCCACUCCUACCACGAGAACUUUGUCUCUGAAGGCCAGUGGCAGCAGGUGGUGGUGGGUGGGCUGCUCCCAGCCGUCCCGAGCCCCCUCCCAACCCCCCCCACCUCUCUUCUUCUCUGUCUCAUGACUGGCCUGUCCCACCCUCCACGCUGGCAUCGCUUCUUCCCUAGAUGAGUCCCCUGGGGGCUGAGCGGCCCCUGCCCCUCAGGGGCCCCCCCAUGGCUUGGUGUGUGUUCAGCCCCAUCUGAAUGUCUUAGGCUCUGCACUUGAAGGCAGGACCCUCAGACCUCGCUGGUAAAGGUCAAGUGGGGUCACCUGCUCCUUUUCCAUUCCCUGACACACCUUUAACCUCUGAACUCUGACCUCAGGAGGCUCUGGGCACUCCCACCCCACAAGCCCCCAGGUGUACCCAAUUGGCAGCCUCCCACCACUCUUUCUGGCGAAAAGAAAUCUAUUCCCCUUGUGCGGGAGACUCUGGGGGAGUGACAGGGUGGGGGCUGCACCGCCAACCUAAGACCUUGGGAGGAAAGCUCAGAGAGGGUCAGUCCUCUCCACAAAGAUCUGCCUCUACCCCACCUGCCCCCGAGAACUUCCUCGGAAGGAGCCUGAGCCAUUAAGGACUAAACUGGGGCUGCAGAAACUCUUGACAGCCCUACCCUCCCAAAUGUUAGCCUCCAAUGGGGACGUCAAGGUUGGAAGAGCUGAGGCCAGGGGGUGCAGCUCCCCAGGGUGGAGCCUAGGAUGGUGACGGCCCGGAGCCCUGGGGGGGAGACUGGAAGCCGUGGAGAGAGAAACUUGCUCAAACACAGGCAGCUGGGGUAGGGACCCAGGGGCAGAGCAGUCAGAGGGAACAGGACAGGACCAAAAAGUGAACCAGGGAGGUGCGGCGGGAGUGGACGGCUAGGGGCCGGGCUGGCCAGGCCAGCAGGCAGGGCGUCAGGGUGGGCUGUGGUACCAGGAGGGCUUGUUUUCCGGGCGCUCUCAGGAAGGGCCCGAGAAAGGCACACCUGCUCCUGUGUGGUGCCAUUUUGCUUCUAUCAGACAGCAGGGAGGAGAAGGCAGGGAGCCAGAAAAAGGAGCAGAGAGGGCACACGUCCUGGGACUGGGGACUGGGGACCGAAGUGAGAGCAACCACCUAGUUAGGGAGCCGAGGAUCAGCCAGGCUGCGUGAUGGGGCGGGCAGGCGCCGGGCCGUUUCGGUCAGGUGAGCCCCUCCCUUCCCGAUCCUCCUACUGCUCAGCCCAUCCUACAGGUGUCCUGCCCCCCUUCCCACCCAGCCCACCCAUUUGAAGUCUCCUUCAGCCACCGAAGGUGGUUAUGGUACUGGAGACUUGGGAGAGUGAGAGACCCUGGGGACAGGGGUGGGGGGGGCAGCGAAGGGAGAGGGAUGUCAGGGGUCGGGGGCAGGGGGGUGGGAGGAAUGAGGUGAACGGUGCUGGCAGUUCGGCUAAAUUGUCUUGUUUGGGUUUUUUGUUUUGUUUAAUGUAUAUUUUUAUUAUAAUUAUUAUAUAUGAAUUCCCUUCAAAUCGUUCCUUUUUGUUAACAAGGGGGAAAGGGAGGGGUGGGGGUGGGGGGGGCAGAGGCAUCUGACCCCAGGAACCUGCAGGGCGGGGCUGGGUCAGUGCCCUCUAAGGACAUUUUUGACCUUGUUCAUCCUUUCCACGAAGAAUAAACAGUGUUUCACAUUC